AUGCCGCCCCCGCAGGAAGGCGCCCUCCGCAGCCAGCCGCUGGCCGUGCGACUCGACGCCGCCGUCGCCGCCCGCAGCAGGCUGAGCGCGCGCGCGCACCCCACCGCCACCCUGCCCGCGCUGCCGCGCCGCGUCGCCAUGGAGACGACGACCCUGGGGCGGCGCCAAGCGGCGGCGGCGCGAAGCUCGUCGCUGCAGCACGGCUCGGGCUCCGGCGGCGGCGGCACAGCCGCCGCAGCAGCAGUGUCAGCGUCCGGCCAGAGCAACCGCCUCAGGAGACAGCGCAGCUACGAAUGGCGCGAGCGCCAGUACAGCACCUCGGAGGACGAGACCGCGCCGGGCGUGUUGGUGGGCGCCGGGCCGCGCACUAGCUCGUGCAGCCUGACAGGCACCGCGGGCGCCGGCGGACGCUCUUCUGCCGGCAGCAAGCACGGACACCACCACAGCGCGAACGUGAACGUGAACGUCGGCGUCGGCGGCCACCACAGCGCCAGCGCGCACCACCAGCGGCUCAGCCCCACGCCCGCAGCAGUCUACGCUGCCGGCCUAGCGUCGCUGCUCGCCGGCUACUCCAGCGCGGAGCGCUCCUCGCUGUCGGGCGUCGCCUCGUACCGCGGCACGGGCUCGGGCUCGGACACCGAGGAGGCGACCACAACCGACAACCCGACGACGCCGUUCCCGACGCCGCCGCCCACGUGCGCGUCGCCGCCGUCGUCGUCGGCCAUGCUGCCGCACCACCAGCAGCGCCAGGCUUCGCCGUACCCGCUCGAGUCGACCAACGCGUCGUGCAGCCCCGGAGGCAGCCCCCGGAUGCCCGCCUCUUCCGCCGUGGGGCCGCCAGGCCGCAGCAGCAGCGGCUCACUAACACAGUAUUAA